AUGUUUGAACUUGGUGUAAAACUACCAUUUUCUGCACUGGAUUCACAAAUUCGUGCCAAACCACCCCCGUUUGUACGUAUUCCUCCACCACUUUCAACAAAUCAUUAUCAUCGUCAUCAUCAACAUCACUCGCUUCAACAUCAUCACCAACAACAAUCAUUACCAUCAGCACUAAUUCAACAAAAAGAAAUCAAUAUUAAAGAAGAUAGUAGUUGUUCUUCACCAUCUUUAUUAUCCAUCCAAGAACCUGUGAUAAUUGCAAAUAAAUCUUCUAACUAUAAAUCCACAAAUAAUACAGUUAAUAGUAAGAAGUCAUCCAAUGACUCUUAUUUAUCAAAAUCAUCAAAUGAUCCACAGUACAUUAAUUUACAAAAUAUAUCUAGAAGUUUCAACAACAACAACAACAACAACUUGUAUAUUACUACAGAUACUACUAUUAAUACUACUACUAAUACUACCAAUCAGAUGAGAAAUAAUAGUAAUGAUAAUAUUUACACUAGUACAUAUGAUAAAGGUUCAUCAUCAAAUAAAUUAGUAGUUUUACCAUCACGACAACCUAUAAAAUCAAAAUUAAACACAGUACCUUCUAAUGAAUCAAUGAAAAAAUCGAUUGGCACAAUGAUAACAUCAUAUUCUACAAUAACUUCAAGAAAUCCUUCAACAGAAUGUGUUAUAGUAAAUGAAAUUGCAAGUAAAAAUUUGAAACCAAGAGUUGCUUUUAUUGAACCAGUUAAUAAAAAGACUAGUACUACCAGUACUACUAAUACUACUACUAAUGGUGAUAAUAAUGUAAUUAAUAAAUUCGAAAUAUCUAACACUCAAAAUAACCAAUCCAUUAACGAAUCUAACAAUAAAAUAAAAUUAACAAAUAAUGAGAAGAAACCUGUAGAUAAACUGAAGUUAAGUUUAUCUGACAGAUUUCCUGGUUGGGGUGUCAUAACAGACGAUGACGACGACGAUGAUGAUGAUGAGUAUGCAAAUGUAAAUGCAGAUGAGAACAAUGUUCAGUGGGAGGAAAUAAUAACAAAUUUAGAAAAUAUAAAACAAUCACCAUUGAAAAAGGAUGAUAAAUAUGAUCGAAUAGAAAACAAGAACUAUGACAUUCAUGAAAACACUUCAAAUAAACAUGAAGAAACAAUGAAUACAAAUUGUAAUAUCAACAAUGAUAAGAUAACAAUGAAAUUUCCAUCAAUAAAUGAACAAUAUUCUAAUUCUAAUUUAUCACAAUCAUCAAAUAUAAUAAAUGAUGAAGAAACUAUUUUUCAAGUAAAUCAACAACAACAAUAUUGGCAACCAUUUCCAAGACAAAUCUCUAUUGAAAAACGUCGUCAUUCAUCAAUUCUAACUAAUCCACGUAAAUCACUUGCAAUGAUCUUUUCACAAAUUAGUAAUAAUUUAGGAUUGACACAAGAAACAUCAAUUAAUUAUUCUAAUGAACAUUAUUCAUCUAAUUUUCAUUUAAAUACAAGAAGAAUAUCAUCAUCUGGGAAACGAUUAAAACAGAUGAUUUCUAAACAUAAUAAUAAUACUAAUGAUAAUAGUAAUACUAAUUAUGAUAAUGCUCUUUUUAAUUCUGAUGCAGAUAGUCAUAAAAAGUCAUCUCGAUCAAGUUUUAUACAACAACAUAAUGACUUAAAUCUUGAUGAUGAUGUUAAUAAUAAUAAUAAUAAUAAUACAAUCGGUAUACGAAGUAGUGUUUCAAGUCAACGUUUAAUGGAACGUAGUAUUUUUAAUACAAUAAUUGGCGGUAAUCCAAAUCAACAUAGAACUAGUGGUUCAAUCGGUACAUUAUCAAAUGUUCAUUAUAAUAAAUCUAAUAAUCCAAAUACUAUUUUAACUAGUAAUAAUAAUAAUAAUAAUACAAUGUCACCAACAACCACUACAGUGGAUCGAUCUAUUCUAGUUGAUCUUUUGUGUUGUACAUGUUGUACAAAUUCAGAUGAUGAAGAUGAAGCUUAUUCAAAUCUUAUUGAAAAUCAUCGUUUAGCUCGUAUUGUUACAAUGGGUGCUAUAUUGACUAUAUUAGGUUUAAUAUUUGCUUAUAUAAUACGUUCUGCAACUGAAACUCAAACUGUACCUAAUGCAUCAAGUACAACAGGAUCACCGCCAUCAUCUCCAACAACAACAACAACAACAUUAACAGUGGCUACAACAGUUACCAAUGUAACUGAUAUUGAAACAUAUUCUUCUUUUUCUAACACUACUAAUACUACAUUAAAUUUAAUAAUGAAUUCAACUUUAAAUCCUCAAUUCAUAAAACAAAUGGGAAAUGUUUCAAGUUUCCUUAAUUUAACUCAUAAUGAUGAAUCAAAUUCAGUUGGAAUUUUAAAUGAUUCGUAUAUGUAUAGUCAUGUGAAUAGUAAACUGAUAAGCAUUAAUGAUAAUAAUAACAGUGAAUCACAUAAUGCAUCAUCAUCAUCAUAUUAA